UCAUAAGGGAUCACGCAUCGCAGAAAGGACUGUUCCGGCCCCCGCUUAACUACCGGACCUACUGCUACUCCACACGCACAAUCAGCUACACAUCCUCGGACUCUCUCACUCAUCUCCGUCCAUCAUCGCCAAACUCUCCUAACCGCCCUCCUCCGCCCAAUCUUUCCCCUUCCCUCUCCGAUCCAUCAUGGGUCAAACCCUCUCCGAGCCCGUCGUCGAAAAGCACUCGGGCAGUGGACAAGAUGACCGCAUCUUCUACGGAAUCUCCUGCAUGCAAGGAUGGCGCAUCAGCAUGGAGGAUGCCCACGCAACCAUCCUCGACCUGCAACCCCUUGAGGGCGACGACCUGAAGCCCGCCGCAUCCGACGUUCGCAUCAGCUUUUUCGGUGUUUAUGACGGCCACGGUGGAGACAAAGUCGCACUAUACACUGGUGAAAAUCUGCACAAGAUCAUUGCAAAGCAGGAGGCUUUCAAGAACAAGGACUUCGAGCAGGCCCUCAAGGACGGCUUCCUUGCCAUCGACAGAGCCAUCCUCAGUGACCCCAGAUAUGAAGAGGAAGUCUCCGGAUGUACCGCCACUGUCGGCAUCGUCACCCAUGACAAGAUCUACGUCGGAAACGCUGGUGACUCCAGAACUGUGCUCGGCGUGAAGGGAAGAGCGAAGCCUCUUUCUUUCGACCACAAGCCCCAAAACGAAGGUGAGAAGGCAAGAAUCUGCGCCGCUGGUGGCUUCGUCGACUUCGGUCGUGUCAACGGCAACCUCGCCCUGUCCCGUGCCAUUGGCGACUUCGAAUUCAAGAAGAGCGCCGAUCUGCCCCCUGAGCAGCAAAUCGUCACCGCCUACCCUGACGUGACCGUUCACGACCUUUCCGACGAUGACGAGUUUAUUGUGCUUGCAUGUGAUGGUAUCUGGGAUUGCCAGUCGUCGCAAGCCGUUAUCGAGUUCGUCCGUCGCGGAAUCGCCGCAAAGCAGGAGCUCUCGGCCAUCUGCGAAAACAUGAUGGACAACUGUCUGGCCUCGAGCAGCGAGACCGGCGGCGUUGGCUGUGACAACAUGACUAUCUCGGUUGUUGCUCUGCUCAACGGCAAGUCGAAGGAUGAGUGGUACCAAAUGAUUGCGGACAGAGUCGCCAACGGAGACGGACCUUGCGCACCCCCAGAGUACGCCGAGUUCAAGGGACCUGGUGUGCACCACCGCUUUGACAACGACAGCCCGGAUGACUACGACUUGGACCACAUGAACCAGCACUCGCGCAUGAGCAGCGGCCAGCCCGGCCGUGUCAUCCUUCUUGGAGAUGGCACUGAAAUCAUGACCGACUCUGGAGAGAACGACACAGACAUGUUCGACCAGAGUGAUGAUGAGGAAAAGGACCUUGCCAGCCAGGUCAGCAAGGGACAAGAUGAAGGCAAGAAUGGAUCACAAGAGCAGGCCAAGCAGGGCACCGGAGAGACAUCAACACCCGCAGAGCCCAAGAUGGGUGGUGUCCGUGAUUCAGCAUGAAAUGGUGGACAAUGACAGACGAUUCGGGACACGGAUAUGACGAUAUAAGCUUUCUUCCCACAUUCAAGGCAGUUCAGGGGGCU